GGGAGCCAUCUGUCAGCCUGCUGCUGGGGACGGGGACAUGUGGACAGCACGUCGUGGCCCUUUAAGAAACUCCAUGUUUUCGCUUCAUGAUGCGUCAACAUAAAAAGCGGAUGAUGCUGUUAUGUAAAACAUGCCAAAGUGAGCCGUAGUUUGCAGGAUCCGAGCCGAGGGGAGGGCUUCGCUUGUCGUUUUUCAACUCCCGAGCUGUAGUUUAAGGUGGAUCGAAGGGGAGAUUUUUCUAGCAGCAGCGCAGUUUGGACAGGAAAAGAAAAAGAAAACGAGAGAGAGAGAGGAGGGGGGCACGGAGCUUCAGCCGAUCAACGCAACAUGAGUCGUCCUCCACACGGAUUUCCUCCUUCACUUAUACACCUGACGCAUCUCUGGAUCUGAUCCUAAAGCCUCUCCGCGGGUGAUAUUCCAGUCUGCGAAGCGAGUUUGUCGAUCCAUGAUGGCGCUCACCAAAGGUCCUGCUUGACCUGAAAGCCAUUAUUGUAGUCACCUGUGGAUGAGGUUUUGGCACAUCUGCUCACGGAUGCUGAGACGAUGGUGAAAGCACAGCAGAAUCAGCCAGUCAAAUGCAGGAAACCCCAGAAGAAGAAGGCCUGCAAGGAAAAGGGAUGCGGUGUAAAGAAAGGAAAAGUAGGAAAGACUGAGCUCAGUGGAACAAAAAAGAGAGCAAAGAAAGACUCACGGCAUAGAAAGAGGUCUGCGUCGACUGAUAACGAAGAUGCAUUAGCUUGUUGUGUCUUGCUGACUCGUCUGGAUGAAAAAAAAGUUGUUGGUAAAGAAAAGAAUGCAAAAAUUAAAAAGCAAAAGAGCAUUAAAGUCAAAAAGAAAGUGUGCUCAGUUCAUAGAAGGACCAAAUCCGAACCUAGGAAAACUUCCACAGCCAGCCGACAAACACUGGAACCAAAAAACAACCAGUCUGGCGCCUUACUCAUGUCACCAUCACCUGCCGUUGAGCCUCGUAGGAGAAGGUUGGCUUCUCUCAAUGCAGAGGCCGUCAACAGUUUGCUGCUCUACAGAGAGAGUUCACUCAUGACAAAUCUCACAAAGAAAUGGGAACCCUUCAGAGAAAGUACAGACAAAGAUACUAAAGCCAAAAAUGUUACUUCAGGAGGGAAAGAGGUCCUGAAAGAAAGAUCCAAAAAAACAAAGAAGUCAGCAUCUCAGGCUCAGAAUAUUGACUGGUUGAGUUUGUUUGCUCCAACACCACGACGCCAAGCAGGCCUCACUGCUGCGACGCUGCUUAAACUCACCAGUUCCCAGUACAGAACCAAACGACUAAAGAAGACUGAGUCCAAACCGGUUGUCAGGAGUGAACCAACAACCUCCACACUGAAUGGCCUAAAUGGGAAGGCUAUGUAUGGACAAGCAGCUCAGACCAAAGUCAGACCACAUCCCAAACACAAGGAGCAACUAAAGCACAGAAAACAAGGUACAGAGGUACCAGUCCAUCCCCAGCUGAGCUCUGCCCUUCAGGGAUGCUGUAGUUUGUGUAAGACAGAGCCUUUUGAUCCAGAAUGGAAGAGUGCCACAGGAGGACAGGAAUGUCUCAAACAUGCUAUCCAUCGUGGCUCCUCUUUGGGAUUCUCCUUGAAAACAAUCAAAGACGAGCAAGUGGAGACUGAAGUGUCUUCCUGCUACUGCUGCACCCAGGAGAGAUGUGUUGAAUACUGUCACAGACUGGCCCUCUUUCUUGAAGACAAGACUUUCAAGGAACCAGAGGAUGGCUCUCUGUCUGAAGUGUUCCACCACCAUCAUCAUCACCAUCAUCACCAUCACCACCACCAUCUUCAGUCAGCUCAUACAGUAGCCCACCCAGCAGCCAUAACCAUCAGCCCACACACCUGCACUUGUUUUCCAGGCUACUAUGUCCACUUCAGCCAUCCUGAUAGCUCCCCAUCUCCCAUGUCACCUCUCGCUUUGUGCCCAAGAAGCAGCAAGAGGCCAAAGCUGCACCCCAGCACCGGUUCACAACCUUCAGGGAUCAGCCAUCCAGUCUACUGCUGCACCUCAGUGGAGGCGUGUUAUGGAGAGCCCUGCAGGAUCAAUGGCUUCUCUACUUAUUCCAAUGUGAUUCCAGCCAUCACGAGAGGACGGUGCCCCUUCAGCCCCAAAGACUGCACCAAAUGCAACCAUGGCACAAAAAGAGAUGAAUACCCAUCAACCCUCAGCGAUCACCACAACCCCUCCUCCAUCCCCAUUUACCCCAGCCCCAGAAUCCUCACUGGCUGUCCCAUUCCCACCGUGCCUCCAGCCGGCCAAUCGGUGCCCCACGUUCAGACUCCGCUGUCUGACCCCAGCCAACCCCAACCUCCACUGCAGGUGGCGAAGGAGUGUCCGCAGAGUGCCAAGCCACCCAGCGGGUCAAGGUCUGGAGCUCGCGGCAGCUCGGAUGUCUCUCCUCUGAACCGGGAAAAGAAACAGAGGCUCAGCUCUGCCAGCGUUGGAGGGCAAACCGUUGCCAAGCAGCUAAAAAACAGCCGCCAAAAAUCCACCAAUGGCUGGCGGACGGUUGGCCUGCCCUUUGAGAAGGAGGUUUUUACAGUGGGAGAAGAGACUCUGGCUAUGAGGAAGUGUUUUGAGGGAAUCCACAGGGACAGGGAUGUGAUUCGGGUCAGAGACACUGUUCUGUUGAAGUCAGGACCCAGGAAAAAGACUCUGCCUUACGUGGCCAAGGUCUCAGCUCUGUGGGAGGAACCAGAGUCAGGGGAGCUGAUGAUGAGUUUGUUUUGGUACUACCGUCCAGAACACACGCAGGGAGGACGCAACCCCACCGUACAUUGUGAGAAUGAGAUCUUUGCAUCUCGUCACCAGGAUGUGAACAGUGUGGCCUGUAUUGAAGACAAAUGCUAUGUCCUAACUUUGGCACAGUAUUGUCGAUUUUGUGCCUUGGUAAAACGCCAUAAGGAGGGAGUCCACGACACUGCUGCUUCCCAUGUGGUGCCACCCGUAGUUGCAAACGCCAUGCCCACCCACCACUGUGUGCCCGAUGACGUCGACCCAGAACUGGUGUUCUUCUGUCGACACGUCUACGACUUCCGAUACGGACGCCUACUCAAGAACCUGCAGUAGGAUGUGAUUUGCUGUGCUGCAGCCAGGCGUCAGAUAAUGUAAUCAUUGCAUCAUCCUUCAUAUACUUCAAUAAGCUACUUGCUACCUAGCGCAAGGGGUCAACAACUUAUUUUGCUUUAAAAUGUUGUGUUCAAAUUCCAUUAUUCGCUCAAAACUGGUAGGACUUCAUGUUUAAGGGUUAUCUGGCUGUAAAUGGCCUUUUUAAUUUAAACAACUGGCUCUGGUGACGUAGCAGCUAUGUGAAGCACCCGGGACGUACUCUGCUGUAGAAAACGCAACUGUAGCUCAUAGAAAUGUGACAUUUGUUAGACCUGCAGUUGGUGUUACGUGUGAGUGUCGAUGCUGUCUGCCUGACGAAUCUCAGACGAGUGUUUCAGCGAUUCGCUGUAGUUUACGAAGCAUAUCGUGGGAUUUUUAUUCUUUUCUGAAGAGAGAGGAAAAUAUUUUUGUUUUAACUCAUCUCAUCUGAAUUCCCUGUAAUCUGAAUAUGCUUAUUUGACAAAUGAGUGUGGCAGUUUUGCCUAAACAAGAGUGCAUCCUGGUGUUUUAAGAGAACAAGGCUUUCUGAUAGAUUUUUUUUUAAUAAGAAGCAAAGCCAAUGUUUUUUCUGCAGAGUUAAUGUGAAGCUAAGAGCAGCUGCGUCAGUGGCUAGCCUAGCUUAAAACUAGUAACAGAUUAUUUCCAGGUUUAGCACUGAGUUGCAACAUCUUGGCUGUAUCCAAAUCCAGGGGCUGCAUCCUCCCGAGUACGCAUUUUCAGACAGGUUACGUCACAGAGAAGUGACAAGGCCGUCCAAAUUCACGGGAUUUUCAGAAUGCAUCUUGUUUUCCACUAAGUUCAAGGAUGAGUGAUUUAUCCUUACUGCUAAGGGCUAUCCCAGGGUUCAUUGUGGGCCGAACGGGAUAUUUUUGUUCUCAUAAUAAUGGCGGCCAAAGCUGGAGAGGAUUACCAUUUUAAAUCUUAGUAAAUUAAAAUCUGGUGGUGAAUCCAAAAGGGUUCAACUGGACUUCUUUAGUUUCCUGAAGACGUUUUGCUUCUCAUGUGAGAAGCCUUGUCAAUUCUGACUAGAAUAUAGGAGAGUCAGGCUUAUAAACCGUAGCUGUCUUUUGUUUAACAAGCAGAAACUACUCUAAAUACCUCUCCUCUCUACCUAUUAUGCUAAAUAACCUAUUAUGACCUAUUAUGCUAAAUGAAUAUCUUAUAUAGGUGUGUCCAAAUUCAGGGUUGGCAUCCUUCGGACCCAGCCUACGUAGACUGGAAGCAAGUGUCAGUGAAUUUGGACAGUUUAUCCUUCUGAUUUAUUCCUGCCCCUACCGCUACGAAUGUCCUGUCACCUAGCAACCAUGACAACCCCGAAAAGAAGCUACAGAGAGUGAAGCCAGAACUUUUACCUAUAGCUUCAUUCACCAGCAUCCCAUUCUGGACUAGCAUACCAGCUAGGGAUGUUCCGAUUGCAGUUUUUUGCUCACGAUCCGUCGUUUGAUUUUAAGAAUCUGCCGAUACCGAGUCUCCAUCCGAUACUUUACAAAUGCAUUAAGAAAAAAGGAGAACACACUAGAGUUGUCUAAUUUUUUUAUUCAUUAAUGUGUUUAUUUCUGUAUUCAUGUCAGAUCUUUAGUAUAUCUGCCAUAAAACAUCACUCGCUUAGUAAGUGCAUUAAUAAGAAACGUGUUAUUAAUAUAUGUAAAAAUAAUUUGUCAUUUACCAUUUGAAUUAAUAAGACAUGUGUUAAUAUUAAGAAUAAAUGUAGAAGUAGCCUUGUUGUCACUCAUAUUUUAAAUACUUAAAUUUAAAAAUGCUCUGUUUGCGGCUGUUUUCAGCGACAGGGAUGGCACGGCAGAUGACGGUCAGCAGCAGAGUAACUUUAUUUUAUAAAACACCUGUAGAGCUGCUGCAAUGAAAAAUGAGAGAUAGCGCAGGGUCCGUUUUUUUUUUUUUGUGUGUGUUGAACGCAGCACUACCUUUCCCACCUUGUUAAAUGCCCGGUCUGCACACAUUCCACAUGUUUAUUGCACUCCCUUUGCUGUUCAUUUAAAAAUACAUUCUAAUUACAGACAUUUUCUCUCUCUUGAGGCGACAACUAUAAUCUGGGUUGGCUAACUGAUGCGUAUUAUGGAGCGUGAAUUCCCGGACUUCCUUAAGUUGUGUGACUUACGGUGUUGUUGUCUGUGAAACAAAGAAUACUGAUGUAGAGGAACUCGUUGAAUUUGAAACUAAGCUGUUUUUCCGUUAGAAAACCUCUUAUUCGAGAUGAAUUUUAAAAAGGAAUGUUUGUUGUUUUAUAUGGUUAAAUCCGAUUUUUCCCCACCGAUUCCGAUUUCUUGAAAAUCACGUGAUCAGACCGAUGUCUGAUCACGUGAUCGCAUUGCAGCAUACCACAUUACCGUCACAACAUACGCUAGCUAGCUCUGCUUUGAUGUACUUGACCUUCAAAUCCAGCGGAGAAGGAUGCAGCAUCUGAAUUUGGACACGCCCUUUGUGUAGAUUACCUGCUAGCCACAAGGCUAACUACAAAGUGUCUUAAGCCAAUUUCAGUCUCAAAUAUUUCACAACCAUUUGUUCAAAUGCUAUUUUACAACAUUUACAUGCCAAAAAUUUCACGUUUACGUUUUUAUUCCAGCAGAAUUAUCAUGAAAUUUCUGACAGAAGUUAAACAAGAGCCUUGCUGCUAAUUUGCGCUGCAAAUGACAAAAUUCUGUGUAAAUAAAUCAAUUAUUGAUCGGAUUAUUUCCACUAAAACAUACUUGAAAAGGUCUUAACCAUUCUAGCUCACCCCAGGAAUCCAGAAUUCUGAGAUCAGCACAGCAGACGUGCUUUUAUCAGGGAUACGUCCACAACAAAGGUCUUCUGGUCCAGCGUCUUUUGCAAAUCUGGAAAUCCUGUUUGGAAAAUGUUGAUUUUGGACGAGCUAUUACAGACAUGCUGUUAAACUCAGAGUCAACAUGUUAAUAUCAUAUUUAUUUUAAUAUAUAUCAAAUUAAGCCCCUUAAAAAUCUGUUCAUUAUGAAACAAUGGAUGAUAUUUUAACUUUUGCGAAUGGCGAAUGUGUUUUACACAACCAAUGCAAAAAAGACCAUGUGAUUAUAAAGUUAGAUUACAUCCAAUUUGUUUUUAUUAUUAUUAUUAUUAUUAUUAUUAUUAUUAUUAUUAAUAAUAACAAAGUUGGAGUAAAGUUGAAUGUCUUUGUAAAACAUCAGAAAUAACUCAUGAAUAUUUUUCUCUAGAUAUUUGAUUAUUUACACACCAACCUGCACUCUGAAAAAGCACAGUUCAUUGUUAUUACAUCUUUUGUUUUAAUUCUGAAAACCUUUUCCUCCUGAAUCCAGAAAAGUGCUUUGACUCUUGUCUGAUAGAAAGUUGUAAAUCUUCCUUUCGUGAAUCUGUCCCGAGUGUCAGGCGGCAUCAGGCAGACAGACGGUCACCACUCAGACUUCCUGCUUCUCCACUGGUGCGCCGGCGAGUGAUGAUGUAAUCAGUGUAGCAUUUAGAUCUGUGAUGAUGACUUACUUCAAUGUUUGGAGAAAAAACACAUGUAUUUAUUUAUGUACUGCAAAAACAUAAUUUAUUUUCAAGAGAUAAUUUUAAAGAGUAGAGUUUUAGAUGAGUGGCUUCCAUUCCUACAUAGAAACAAACAAAUGUGAGUUUCUUUCUUCUUUGCAGCACUGUUGAAAAUUCAGAAUUAUGCGUCAUUUUUAAUGUUUUCCCCACGUUUGAGUUGCUCGCCCUUUUCCAAUCCUUUUAAACAUGCGUUGAAACACGAUUAUUAGUAUUUGAAGGAUUUGUGUGAGCAUUAGCUGCUUAACCUGCAGGACCAAAAUGGCUUCUUGCUGCUUCACCUGUCCACCGUUUGAAACGCAGACCCACCUUGUCGUUCGCCCCUGCCCUCGUUCUUGCUGCCUUAUUUCCAGCCUUUCAUAGAGGAAAAUCUAUCGAUCUUCACCUGGAGGUUAGAAACCUUGUGGGUGUGCUGAUCCUGAUUCCAACAGUGUUCUGUGUGAUGUUAGUAAUUGCAUUUAUUUCUGAUUAUUUUGUAGUUUAACUGACCAACAAAAAGUGAAAAUUACAUAUUUUUGUUUGAAUUUUGUUGUAUUUUUGCAGAAUGUCACACAUGGGUACUGGUCUCAUAUCAGUACGUGGAUAAUAAAACAUCUACUUGUUAAACAUUAAAAAAUGAUGGAAUUUAGCAACAAAAGACAGAAAUUGUUCUUAAAAUGAGUUUUAAUUAAAACUAGUUUGUAGUUUUCUUCUUCGUUUGGCUCCCAAUGCUGCUGAAAUCUUUUAUUUUAGAUUCAUUUUAGAAAGAAAAAGCUGAGAAGAAUUUAUCUUACUUUUAUUUUAUUUUUUUAUUACAUUUUUUUUAACUUUUUUUUUUUCAAAUUAAAUGACAGCUGGUUUAUCUUAAUCCACCUCUCCAAUGUAAUUUUUUUCCACACAAAUAGACUCAGCUAAUGAAGUUAAUGAAGCAAAUUUAUUAAAAUAGAGAUUAUUUAAGACAGAUUUGGACUUUUUGAACAUGUAAAUGUGUUCUUAUUAUAUGUUUAAAUCUACAAAAGAUUAAAUACAUAGAUAAAAAUAGUGAUGACCAAAAAAAGCAACAAAUAUUCCAAAAACAUAAGAUAAAUAAGUCAUAGAUCAGGUUAUUUCCACUCACAUUUAUUAUAAACUGUAAUUUUAGCAUUUCAAGUUUCUGCUUUUGGAUUUUUAAGUUAAUAAAUUUCAAAUAUGAUUUGAAUAAAACUAGUUUAGAAAUUUCAAAGAAUAAUUGUAUUUAUGCUAACCUUCACCAAUAAGUCAUUUUAUUCACUUUAUCAGUUUCAAAUAAUGUUCACAACCAGAGGAGUAGAAAUUUAUUUAUUUAUUAUUUAAUCUUAUUUACAUACAAAAUUAUUGACUUAUUUUAAAUAACUUUAUUUUUUCUUUUCAAAAAAGGGCUAAAAAAUAUUUGACCUUUUUCUCGGCUCAUGAAACUGAACAAACUUCAGACAAUAAAGUACAGAUAAUGUACAUUACAAAACGUGUCAUGACAGAUUAUGGGUUAAAUGUACCAAAACAACAAUAUUAUUAUUAAUAGGGUUGGGCAUUGAGCAUCGAGCAUCGAUUGGAACCGGUUCCAACUGUUCAUUUUUCCCGGAAUCGCUCGACGUUUUUUAUUUCGAUUUCUAGUUUGAUUCCUAGAAUGCCGACGGAAGAGGAAUCCGCGGCCGGUCUCCGUGAAAAAUAAACGUGAUCUGCAAAUUGUGAUCAAUGCUUUCCAGAGCUGAUCACACCAGCUGUCUGUGUGCAGCACCGAGUAAAACAUGUCAUGUCUUCUAAGAAUUGGAAUCGGGAAUCGAUAGGAACCGGAAUCGAAACGAGGAAUUGGAAUCGUAAUCAUUCAAAAUCAAACGAUGCCCAACCCUAAUUUUUAAUAUUAUUAAUAAUUAUUAUUAUUAUUAUGUUAUUAAGUAGAAAACUACAAAUUAUCUGGAUAUUUCACAUUCAAAUAAACAUUUCCAUGUGAAUCCUUUUAUAUUUUGGUUUGAAUGUCUCUAAUUUAAGUUUAUUUUUAUUUUUUAUUUUUUUGAGCAGCAAAUACAUCAAAUUAAAACUAAUCUGGCUGAUUUAAGACUUGCACACCAGAAAUAUAAUGGCCUUUGAAUCAUUCAGCACACUAAUAGUCUCUAAUCAAAGUUUCUGUCUUAAAUGGUCCUCCGUGCCUGUUUUUAUUAACCGUAUUCCAAGAGUUUUCCUAGAGAGGGAUAGAUUGUCCGUAUAGUUUUCCAAAUGCCUUUUUUGCUUUUGUUUGAGGAUGCUGGUCUGAUGUCGAAUUGCCACAAAAUAAUGUUUGCACCAAAAAAAAAUUAUAAAUAAGGAGGCGAAGUUUUGAAUUCAUUCCCAGGUGUAGAAAAACCUGAACGUUUGUUUUUAUGUGAAUUACUUUUCCUUCGUAUUCUUUGCAUGGAAAUAUCUUGAAUAUUAGUCACAGAACAGAUUAUUUGUAUGGUUUCAGACGAACUUAUGUAACACAAGAAAAUAUUUAAUUGUAAUAAAUAAUAUAUGAGUUUCAA